AUGUCUCACGAGGAGGAUCUCAUCGACUACUCCGACGAGGAGCUUCAGACCACUGACGCGGCGGCGACCACCGCUGCUCCCGCUGCGAAUGGAGCCGAAGAGAAAAAGGGCGACUUGACGGUCACGGGCGGCCGCCCGGACAAGAAGGGAAGCUACGUCGGUAUUCACUCGACCGGUUUCCGCGACUUUUUGCUCAAAGGAGAACUUCUACGUGCCAUCACCGAUUGCGGUUUCGAACAUCCAUCGGAGGUCCAGCAAGUCUGCAUUCCGACCGCUAUUCUGAACGUCGACGUUCUCUGCCAGGCCAAGUCUGGUCUCGGAAAGACCGCGGUUUUCGUCCUGACGACUCUUCACCAGUUGGAGGCUGUUCCUGGGGAGUGCUCCAUCCUUGUUAUGUGCCACACUCGUGAACUGGCAUACCAGAUCAAGAACGAGUAUGCUCGGUUCAGCAAGUACCUUCCCGAUGUGAAGACUGCGGUAUUCUACGGAGGUACUCCGAUCCAGAAGGACAUCGAAGUUCUUUCCAACAAGGAAUCGUUCCCCAACAUCGUCGUUGGUACUCCUGGUCGUCUGAAUGCUUUGGUCCGCGACAAAAAGCUCUCCCUGCGCAACGUCAAGGCAUUCGUUCUUGACGAAUGUGACAAGAUGUUGGAUCAGAUUGACAUGCGCCGUGACGUCCAGGAAAUUUUCCGUUCGACUCCUGCUGACAAGCAGGUUAUGAUGUUCAGCGCUACGCUCUCGCAGGAGGUUCGGCCUAUUUGCAAGAAGUUCAUGCGGAACCCGCUCGAGGUCUACGUGGAUGACGACACCAAACUCACUCUCCACGGUCUCCAGCAGUAUUACGUUAAGCUCAGUGAGGCGGAGAAGAACCGCAAGCUGAACGAACUCUUGGACAGCCUCGAGUUUAACCAAGUCAUCAUCUUCGUCAAGAGCACGCUCCGUGCUAACGAGCUUAACAAGCUUCUGGUCGAGUGUAACUUCCCUAGUAUUGCGGUGCACUCUGGCGUCAGCCAGGAGGAGCGUAUCAAACGGUACAAGGAGUUCAAGGAGUUCAACAAGCGUAUCUGUGUCGCUACCGAUGUCUUCGGUCGUGGUAUUGAUAUUGAGCGCAUCAACCUUGCCAUCAACUACGACUUGCCCGCUGAUGCCGACUCUUACUUGCACCGCGUUGGCCGUGCUGGUCGUUUCGGUACCAAGGGUCUGUCGAUCUCGUUUGUCAGCACAGAGGAGGAUGAGAAGGUUCUCAAGGAUAUCGAAAAGCGGUUCGAGGUCGCCCUCCCUGAGUACCCUGAGGGUGGUGUGGACUCGAGCACCUACAUGGCAUAA